CACAAGUUCUUCUUCCGGUCGAAGUUGUUCGAUCGGAAGAACCGCUCCAAAAAGGCGGGAGUGAGUGAUAGUGCCGCGGACGAUGACGAGUUCAACAUCACCGGUAUCAGCCAUCGGAUCAAGACGACGACCACCAGUACGAGUGGGCCGUCCACGAGUCGGGUGGUGCGCAACAAUCCGUUGUACGGUGAGAACUUCAAGAGGUUCGUCGCCGGAGGUGAAAGUGUGGGGCCCACCAGUUUCGGGGCUAGUGCUAGCAAUAAGAGUGUCAUCGGAGGUCUGCGGACGGUGGAAGGUUCUUCGGUGAGUGGGGGUCGUCGGGGGAACAAUGAGUUCGGGGAGAACGUGAAUGCUAUUCUGACCGAUUUGGACGAGGAGAUGGAGGUCAGAAACUGGCGGUACCAACUCUCCAAUGAUCAUUUCUAGGGAUGUACAAUGUGUGUGAUAAGUGUAUUUGGUUAGUUAUAGGUAUUAAUGGUAUACGUAAUAAAUAUUGUGUGAUCUUUAUGAAGUAGACGUCCAAUAAAAAUACUUUUACUUAUAUUA